UGUUACUGCGGCAAAUCAGUGGAAGAAGCCAAGUCUCUAGGUUGCAAAUAUGUCACCAUGUCUGCCGCAUAUCUACCUCCACAUUGCCGAGACGAUGAACUUGAUGAAGAGUUCAGUCGACUUGGUCAUAAGCCGGACGGUAGCUGGACAUAUCAUUCUGACUUCGAGCGCAAUCACGAAACAGAUGUAGCAGACAUUGCGACCUGGGCCGGAUCAGAGAAGCGCUUCUACACAUCCUGGGAGUGGCACGUCAUGCAUUGUCUCUUCUACUGGAGGAAGCUUCACCGUGCUCAGUUUUCAGAUGUAAUGAUUGAACCUAGAUUCAACAACGAUGGACAUCUCCACCACUGUGCGAAGCUAAUCCUC